AUGAACAUCCUACCGAAAAAGAAAUGGCACGUGCGUACCAAAGAAAACAUCGCUCGUGUUAGGAGGGAUGAGGCAAAAGCGGCAGAGGAAGAACAAAGACGACUGGACAGAGCGAUCACAGCGGAGAAUGAAAGACGUCUGGAAGCACUGCGAACGCAAGCAGCCAAAAAAAAUGCUAGUAUGGAACCAUUUGCUCUACGAUCUUCCUCAGAAGCAACACUCUGUACCUCCACUGGACACGUCAAUUUCUUCGAAGAUCUCGAGCGGGCCGAAGUUCAGAACUUUACUCAAGGAAAUAAGGAGUAUGAAGAAGAAAAGCGCAAAGAGCAAGCAGAGUGGGAUUCAAAAAUGGGCAUCCAGAAGGGUUUUGCUGAAGGAACAAAGGAGCUGAAUAAAGAACAGGAAUGGUAUGCAAAAAUAACGAGGCCGGUUGCCAAAAAUGAGGCUAAGGAAAAGCCCAUUCCUCUGGCAGCACCUUCUACUUCAGUAAAGAUAGAUAAGGAAGAGAAAAGAGGGGAUAAGGAAAAGAAAAAAAGGAAGAGAAAACGGCAUCGAGACAACAGCAACGAUAGUGGAGAUUCCAGUGACUUGGAGAGAAGAAAGAAGAAGAAGAGGAAGAAAGAGAAGAAGAAAAAGAAAAAGCAUCAUCGACAUGACAGCUCCGACGGCAGUCAAAAUGAUGAGCUCGAAAUGGAGAUCGAAAAACGGAAUAAGCUGGCUGCCCUUCGAGAAGAACGACUUAUACGGGAAAGAGCUGAGAGACUCCGCACUCAGCAGCUAUUGAAUCCUACGAAGGCGGCGGCGGCUGCACCUAAGCAAAAAUACAAUUCUAUGUUCAAUCCUGAAUUAAGUAGAAAAUAG